AUGUUUGACUUCCAGAGAGCACUCACUAGCGAGCGUGUGUACCAAGAUCUGGUGAAGCGCGUUGCCUUGGUAAAGUUAAAGCUAGGCUCAGGUAAUGGUACCCACUAUUAUCACAACGCCCGCCUACAACUCUGGCACGAAAAUCCGCCAGCCGACGCACUUGUCACAGAUGCAGCCUCUGGUAUGACCGGAGUCUCCAAAGCCGCCCGUGCAAAGCUUGUUCUCCAAUGUUCCCGUUUGAUGAUAUAUUUCGGGGGUUCCUUCCUUACUUGCUUUUUAACCGACGACAUUACACUCAAACGCGACGGUCAUGAACUGAUGUUGGUACCAACAAAAUACAAGGGUAGUCUGAUGAAAUCGCCUAAAACCGUAAAGGCAGUCAUCCGUGGCAACGAAAACAGCAAAGGCGGGUUUAGGCUUGACAAGGAAAAGAUCUCGCCCGAUGAUGAAUACAAAUUCGAGGAGUAUUCUUAUAUUCACAUCAAUUUCAAGGAUACCGAGUAUCUGAACAAGUUUCAAAAACUCUGGAACGAAAUGAUGGCCGCAAGGCGUGCGAAGCGAAAGGAGAUUAGUAGUCUAAAGGAACAACUUCAAGCGGCUGCCCGGGCCCCCCUCGCAGUCUCUUGACUACCUCCCAUACUCUUUUCUAACUCAUCUUUCAUCCCUAUAAUAUCAUAUUUCUUUAGCAUCUCUUUUCUUCCUUCAGAUGGCAUCAGGGUAGCCUACCAGUAAGCCGCAAGAAUAGAUACGGCAACAUAGUUCCCACUGAGCCUUUCCUCCGCUACCGCAACCUCAACCUCCCGGCGAAUGAGCGAAUGCGCAAACGAGAGCGAGAAAAAAGAGAGAAAAAAGAAGUUCCCAUCAGGACAGACAAGAUGGCCAACCAACAAAAAAAAAAAAAAAAAAAAAAGCAAACUCCAAGACACACAAUCACAAUAGCUGCAGGAACCACACAUCUCAUCACUGAUUCACAAACAACAGGAAAAAG